UUCCGCUUUCUCUCUCUAUAACACCUCGUUGGGUUCUCUCAUUUUUGCCUCUUAAGUCCUUCACCAAUUCAACCUUGUUCACCAUGAAAGCUCAGCUCUCUUCGACCAGACCCGUUUUCUGAGGUUGGCUUCUGUACGUGGGUUUCAAAGGGUUUGGGCUGUUGAAUGGAGGAGAUGGAUUUAGUUCAAAUAAAUCAUGAUGGAGAAGGCACUGAAGAUGCAUCUAUUGCACAGUCACCAUCUUCAGAACCCACUGGUAUAUGUGAUGUCUUUGGAAAUCCAGAGAUACUUCCUCGAAUUGGAGAUAAAUACCAAGUUGACAUUCCAACUCUUAGUCCAGAAUCUGAUUAUCUUCAGCUUACAAGUUACCCAACUGAUGCUGCAACAGUGACUGGCGCUCCUCACUGUUUUUUAUUGGGAUUACCCGUACCAAUUAUGUGGGUCACUGAGGAAGUUGAGAAUGUUAAACAUGAGCCUCUUGAACUUCUUGGAGCAUCCAAUAAAAAUUGGCCUGUGGAAUCUUAUGACAUCAAAGAGGCUCAUAUUCUUAUAAAAAGAGAAGACUUGGAACUUAAAAUUGAGCCUUCAGGCGUUUCAAUGGAGAAUGAGCUAUGCAUGGGAGAAUCAGUGAACUUAGCUUUGCAACUAGAAAUGAAAAAGGAAAUGCAUCAAAAGUGCGGAGGCAAGGGCCACUAUCCAGCUCCUGGCUCCUUAAGUGACUCAUGGAGUGAUCUUGAGAAAGCCACUUUUCUCCUUGGUCUAUAUAUUUUUGGGAAGAACCUUGUUCAGGUGAAGAGAUUUGUUGAGAGUAAAAAGAUGAGAGAUUUGCUAUCAUUUUAUUAUGGGAAGUUUUAUAAGUCUGCUGAAUACCGUAGAUGGGCUGAGUGCCGGAAAAUGAGAAGCAGAAGGUGUAUUUAUGGGCAAAGGAUUUUUACUGGACUGAGGCAGCAGGAAUUGUUGUCUCGUUUGCUUCCCCAUUUGUCAGAGCAGCGUCAAAAUAUUUUGCUGGAGGUCUCUAAGACAUUUGGAGAGGGAAAAAUUUUGCUAGAAGAAUAUGUCUCCACUUUAAAGGCCACAGUUGGCAUGAAUAUUUUCAUAGAAGCAGUUGGGAUUGGUAAAGGGAGGCAAGAUCUCACUGGCAUAGCCCUGGAGCCUCUGAAGCAUAAUCAAGUUGCUCCUGUCCGCCCAGAAAUGCCAAUUGGCAAAGCAUGCUCCUCUCUUACACCCCAGGAAAUUAUCAAGUGUCUAACCGGUGAUUUCCGGUUAAGCAAAGCUCGCUCAAGCGAUCUGUUCUGGGAGGCUGUUUGGCCUCGUUUGCUUGCUAGAGGAUGGCACUCUGAACAGCCUCGGGGUCAUAAUUAUGCUGCUGGUUCCAAGCAACCUUUGGUCUUUCUUAUCCCUGGUGUUAAAAAGUUCUCGAGAAGGAAACUAGUGAAAGGCAGCCACUAUUUUGAUUCUGUUAGUGAUGUCCUGAGUAAAGUUGCUUCAGAUCCUGGGCUUCUUGAAUUUGAGAUUGAAGCAGAUGAAGGCAACAAAAGCAAGGAAGAGUCUGGGUUGACCAAUGAGACAAAACUGGACAAAGAUGAUUUAUCUGAUCAGCGACACCAUUGUUAUCUUCAGCCACGAACUCCAAACCGCAAUGUGGAUAUUGUGAAGUUCACUGUUGUUGAUACAAGUCUAGCUAAUGGAGCAAAAUACAAAGAGAAAGAAGUGAGAAGCUUACCAUUUGAAUCUUCAAAUACUUCCACCUCCAGUAGCCAUUUCGAAGAAAAUGAUGAGGAUACUUCUGAGGAGCUUGUUGUGGAUGAAUCAAACUCAGGUUAUAACAUGUUUCUUAAUCAAGAGGAGACCAAUUAUUCCAAUCCCACAAAAAUAAUAUUUGAAGGGAGAGUGUGUUCUGGCUCAAAAGAUUCUGAAAUUAGUGCUGUAAACCAGGGGAUUCCAACUAAUGACCCAGACUCUACUAGUUUACCUGCAAAAGUUCCCAAGAGCCAGAACACAAAUAUGUAUAAUGCCAAGAAGCAAAGCAGGGCUCCUAAGUGCCACUUGGGUCGCAAGAUGAAGCCUGAUAUGUCAAACUAUUUGGCUCCUGUCACAAAACGGCGUCGGAGAUUAACUGCUUGUAGUCGUGCAGAGACAAGCCAGAGCACAAUCACUUUCUUGGUGGGUCCAGAACUAAAACAAGAGGAGUCUGGUGGCUGCAUAGGAAAGCAUGAUUCUGAUGAGAUCAUUCACUGUAAAGUGGUUCCACUAACAGAGAAGUUAUGUUCCUCCAGUUCCUCAUGUAAAGACAGCAGGAUUGAUGGCAGAGAAGGCAUGCUGAGUAGUAACUGUUCAGGUGCAGAACAUCCUAGAGAGGAACUUCAAUUCAGGACGAUGAUCGACUUGAAUUUACCUGUUCUUCCAGAUGCUGAAACUGGUGAGCCUGUCUUGGUAGCAUCAUCGGAGAGGCAAGAUGAUCAAGCAAGCAAGCAGGCAGAUGAUCCAAAUGCACUGAAAACCUCAAUAGGUGUGGCUAAUUCUGAGCAACCACCCAAUAUGAACUCUCGGAGGCAGAGCACAAGAAACCGACCCCUCACCACUAAAGCAUUGGAGGCUCUUGCAAGUGGCUUUUUAAAUACAAGGCGACGACGACGGAAGAGGACAGAAGCCUUUCCAGGAGAGGACUUGAUAUCAAGACCUUCUAGACGUGCUCGCUGUAAGAUGAGAGUUACCGAGAGCUUUGGUACUGGAAUCAUGGACUCAAAAGUACAAGAAGAAGGAAAUGGUGUAUGCAAUGACAAUGAGGAUAUGUUCAGUAAAUUUCACAUUAGAUCCGAGGGAGAAGGGGCUCAAGUUUCAGGUCCCUGAGCUGGUCUAGCAAUGCUUGUUGCUCUCACAUUCCAAGGAAAGGUUUCUACUUCAGAGUUGUUAUACCCAUUCCUGAACUCAUUUCUUCUUUUAGCUGCUUGAAUAACCUGCAAUAUACAAACAUCAUAGCCAACUUUACACUCCCAAUUGGCAGCUUGCAUUCAUGACUACUAAUAAAGAAACUUCACAAAGGAACUGUAAUGCUAUUGUGGCCUUUCCCAGGAGCUGUCUACCUCAGUUGAAGGCAUAAAGCACCUGUGGCUGUGAGGUUCUGAAAACCAGAAGGAUAUGAGAGAAAAAAAAAAAAAAAAAACACUCUGCUGUCCAAUUUUAGUAUAAGAAUGGUUGACACAACCAAUACAUUUAUCUUGUGUAGAAUUAACUUUGCUUGUUCAUAUUUAUUUGCUUUGUAACUGGAGUUCUAUUCUGAAAAGUAUCAGCGCCUAUCUCCAUUCCUAAUCAAAAUUCAGGUGAACCUUUCUUCCCA